ACCCGUCGCGCCCAGAUUGGUCGCCGUCGCCCCCGGAACAGCAAAGUCGUCGGGCGCGAGCGAGGUGCCCAACUUCCGCGCCAGCGCCGGUAGCACCACGGGCGGGUCGCUCUGUCCGACCAGCGCCUGCUGCUGCAACUCGCCCUGUUGCGCGAGCGAGGCCGCGGCCUGCGUAACGUGCAGCCCGAUGGUGUGGGCAGUCUCCACAGCCACACGUCCAGCCGCAGCCACGUCGCCGGCAAAGAGCGCCUGUCGCAAUCCCGCCACGGUCUGGCUGACCUGUCCAAGCGCGUCCAGGUGUCCAACGAGCGAGGCGGCGCUGCCGAACGCCGGACGCAGCCGCACGAGCGCCCGUAACAACGCCACCGGCGCCAAGUUGCGUCGCGGGGCCGCGAGCCUCGGUUCCAGCACACUCAGACGCGCCUCGCGCACCGCGCCCGCCAGCGCGAGCGACCGCAGCAGGAAACGCCUUUUCGGGUCGCGCAAGAGCUGCGCACGCGGCCGUUCGGGUUGGAAGGGUGCGAAGGAAAAGACGACGCUCGGCAGGCGCAGAAACCGUACACUGGCGGGCGUCAGCGCUAGCGCCAGCGCCUCCGCUGGGAGCCCCGGCGCGGGCGGCUCGGCAGGAGCGGAGCAGGACCCGUCGGUACAGAACGCGAGUGCUUCCAGCGCACAACAGACCACGUCCACCAGCGCAAAGUCCGCAUACACCGCCAGGUCGCCCAUGCCGAAGACCAACGUCUGUGUUAUUCGGAGUGGCGCGCGUGCGGCGGGUGCGAAAAGAAGUAAGGGACCGAGUGCUAGAUCGAAUAGAGCAAAGCCUUCACGGCCGACGAACGUCAGACACAUACUGUUCAAAUCCAGCGUCAGUCCCUCCGGCGCCGUGCCGCGGCUAAACAGACAAGCGGCGCUCAGACUGCGCACACCCAAUCGACACUCCCAGGCUGCCGGUGUUCCGAUCGCAGACCAGACCAGAGCCACACGUUCCCGCUGCGGCUUCAGUAGCAACUCCUCGCCCACCGUCGGCGCACUCUCUACGGAAACCGUGCUGCAGUCGCACGACGCACCGGUGACUAGACUUGUCCAGCAGAUGGCGCUCGCCAACGCUCGCGCGCCUAGACAAUCUUCCGCCAGCGCGCGAUGCCGCAACUCCAACUCGCGGCCUCCAUCCACAGCAAAGACGCGCCAACUGUCGUCUGCACGCACCUCCGCCCCACCGCAACGUACACUCUCGCCCAACACCGUAGGCAACAACGGCAAGCAUCCACCCGCACUCAAUACCACCGGGCGCUCCCCCAGCGUGACCACCUGUCCCGUCGCCACCUGUUCUUUCGCCGCUGGUGAAUUCAAUGGUGGAU